AUGACACAACGCAAAGGCGAGAAACCCACCAUCAGCAUCCAGGAGCACAUGGCCAUUGACGUGUGCCCUGGCCCCAUCCAGCCCAUAAAGCAGAUCUCUGACUACUUUCCCCGUUACCCGCGGGGCCUCCCCCCUGCUGCGCCCCACCAAGCGGGCCACGCCGGGUCCCUGCGCUCUGCCCUCUCCACAUCCACCUCUGCCGCCGAAAGUGACCGCCCCAAUGAGGAUAACCCAGACCGGGCUUGUGCCGGAGCCUCCGCCUCCUUGCAGGCCGCCAAGAGGGAUGAGGAACCUGAUGUUGAGGGAUACGACUCAGAUGACUCCACCACACUGGGGACCUUGGAGUUCAGUUUGCUCUAUGACCAGGAGAACAAUGCACUGCACUGCACCAUUAACAAAGCCAAGGGGCUCAAGCCGAUGGACCACAAUGGGCUUUCAGACCCCUAUGUUAAGCUGCACCUACUGCCUGGCGCCAGCAAGGCCAAUAAACUUAGAACCAAGACCCUGCACAACACACUCAACCCUGUCUGGAGCGAGACCCUGACCUACUACGGAAUCACUGACGAGGAUAUGGUCCGAAAAACACUCAGGAUUUCAGUGUGUGAUGAGGACAAAUUCCGCCACAACGAGUUCAUCGGGGAAACGCGAAUCCCCCUUAAGAAGCUGAAGCCCAACCAAACCAAGAACUUCAACAACUGCCUGGAGAAACAGUUACCUGUUAACAAGACAGAAGACAAGUCGCUAGAGGAACGAGGACGCAUCAUGAUUUCACUGAAGUACAACACCCAGAAGUCUUGCCUUGUUGUUGGCAUCAUUCGCUGUGCUCACCUCGCCGCCAUGGACGCCAACGGCUUCUCCGACCCUUACGUCAAAACGUACCUGAAGCCUGACGAGAACAAAAAGUCAAAGCACAAGACUGCUGUGAAAAAGAAGACGCUCAAUCCCGAGUUCAACGAGGAGUUCUGUUAUGACAUCAAAUAUGCAGACCUCACCAAAAAGACCUUGGAGGUGACCGUGUGGGACUACGACAUUGGCAAGUCGAACGAUUUCAUAGGUGGUGUAUCUCUGGGUAUCAAUGCAAACGGAGAGAGGCUCAAACACUGGUUUGACUGCCUCAAAAACAAGGACAAGAAAAUAGAGCGCUGGCACACGUUGACCAAUGAAUUACCUGGUUCAUUAAAUGACUGA